UCCCUCUUAUCUAUCUGGCCACUUUGGUGCUUGUUUGCUUCCAGGAUCCUCCCUUAUUCCGUCGUGACAGCGUUUCUGGCGAUUUUUAUCCAAUCCAUGGGAUAUUGGACAGCAUGUAUUUCGUCUUUCUCCCUCGGUGAUGAAUGAUUUGUGUGAAAACAUUGCUCGCGAUCCGCCGCGCCGCUGCUGUGAUGAUGUAGAGGCGGUGCGUGUCAGAGCGGGGCGGCUAGAGGCCCAGCAAAGCCCCGCGCUUGAUUUACAGCCCCGAACGAGUGACUGAACACCAACAGCGGAUUACCUCACAACAACUCUCCGUUGUUACAGUAUAAUUCAGAGGACCUGAAGAGAAGUUAUAAAGCAAACAGAUGAGAUGAAAGUCUGAACUAUGAUAGACAUUUACAUUUUCAAGCAGCCCUAACAUCAGAUUAAGGUGAAGAAGAGUUUGGAGGUUUUUUUUCCACUGGUAAUUGAUUGUGAGGACUACACAUCAUGCCUCCAAGACCCUCCUCGGGGGAACUAUGGGGCAUCCAUUUGAUGCCCCCCAGGAUUCUGGUAGACUGUCUACUGCCCAAUGGCAUGAUCUUGACACUAGAGUGUCUCCGGGAGGCCACCCUCAUCACAAUCAAACACGAACUGUUUAAGGAGGCAAGGAAGUACCCCCUCCACCACCUGCUGCAGGAGGAGACAUCCUAUAUUUUCGUCAGUGUAACGCAAGAGGCGGAGCGUGAGGAGUUCUACGAUGAGACGAGAAGACUUUGCGACCUUCGGCUGUUCCAGCCCUUCCUAAAGGUCAUAGAACCUGUAGGGAACAGAGAGGAAAAAAUCCUCAACAGAGAAAUCGGUUUUGCCAUCGGCAUGCCGGUGUGCGAGUUUGAUCUAGUGAAGGAUCCUGAGGUGCAGGACUUUAGGAGAAAUAUUCUUAAUGUCUGCAAAGACUCAGUAGAGCUGCGAGAUGCCAGUGGGUCACACAGUCGAGCGCUAUAUGUUUAUCCUCCUAACGUGGAGUCUUCAUCAGAGCUUCCAAAGCAUAUAUAUGGCAAAUUAGACAAAGGUCAAAUCAUUGUGGUCAUCUGGGUGAUCGUCUCUCCCAACAACGACAAGCAAAAGUACACACUAAAGAUCAAUCACGACUGCGUACCUGAGCAGGUGAUCGCUGAAGCCAUCAGGAAGAAGACCAGGAGCAUGCUGCUGUCCGCUGAGCAACUAAAGAUGUGCGUGCAAGAAUAUCAGGGCAAAUACAUCCUGAAAGUCUGCGGCUGUGACGAGUAUCUGUUGGAAAAGUACCCCAUUAGUCAGUACAAGUAUGUACGGAGUUGCAUUAUGCUGGGUCGGUUGCCAAACCUCAUGCUUAUGUCCAAGGACAGUCUUUACUCUCAGCUGCCUAUGGACAACUUCACCAUGCCCUCCUACGCCCGCCGCAUCUCCACUGCCACGCCUUACAUGAACGGAGAGGCCUCCACCAAAUCCCUCUGGACCAUUAACAGCACUCUAAGGAUACGUGUCCUUUGUGCCACAUACGUUAAUGUGAAUAUUCGGGACAUUGACAAGAUUUAUGUGCGGACAGGGAUCUACCAUGGUGGAGAACAAUUGUGUGAUAAUGUCAAUACACAGCGUGUGCCGUGUUCAAACCCAAGGUGGAACGAGUGGCUGACCUAUGACAUGUACAUUCCCGACAUCCCCCGGGCAGCUCGCCUCUGUCUCUCCAUCUGCUCUGUGAAAGGAAGGAAGGGGGCAAAAGAGGAGCACUGUCCACUGGCCUGGGGAAACGUCAACCUGUUUGACUACACACACACUCUGGUCUCAGGAAAGAUGGCACUGAACCUGUGGCCAGUACCACACGGCCUUGAAGACCUCCUCAACCCCAUUGGGGUCACGGGCUCCAACCCUAAUAAGGAAACCCCAUGUCUAGAGCUGGAGUUCGACUAUUUCAGCUCCCCUGUUAAGUACCCUGACAUGGCCACGAUUGAGGAUCAUGCUAACUGGAUAAUAUCCAGGGAGAUGGGAUACAAUUACUGCCAGUCUGGACAGAGCAGCAGACUCGCACGAGACCACGCCAUGACGGAGGCUGAUAUAGAGCAACUUCGUCAGCUGGGCAACAGGGACCCGCUUUCUGAGAUCACUGAGCAGGAAAAAGACUUCUUAUGGAGACACAGGCAGUAUUGUGUAAAUAUUCCAGAAAUUCUGCCCAAGAUUCUUCUGGCGGUGAAGUGGAAUUCUAGGGAUGAAGUUGCACAGAUGUAUUGCCUUCUUAAAGACUGGCCCGCAAUAAAGCCGGAACAAGCCAUGGAGUUGCUUGACUGUAACUAUCCUGAUCCAAUGAUCCGAGACUUCGCAGUUCGGUGCCUUGAGAAGUAUCUGACCGAUGACAAACUCUCGCAGUACCUCAUUCAGUUGGUUCAGGUUUUGAAGUAUGAGCAGUAUCUUGAUAACCCACUGGUGCGAUUUCUGCUGAAAAAAGCUCUUACCAACCAGAGGAUUGGGCACUUCUUCUUUUGGCAUUUGAAGUCAGAAAUGCACAAUAAAACCGUGAGUCAGCGGUUUGGUCUGCUGCUGGAGUCGUACUGUCGGGCAUGUGGCAUGUACCUGAAGCACCUGAGCAGACAGGUGGAAGCCAUGGAGAAGCUCAUCAACCUCACAGACAUUCUCAAACAGGAGAAGAAGGAUGAAACUCAGAAGGUGCAAAUGAAGUUCCUGGUGGAACAGAUGAGGCGACCAGACUACAUGGAUGCCCUCCAAAAUUUCACCUCUCCACUCAACCCCGCCCACCAGCUGGGUAAUCUACGACUUGAAGACUGCAGAAUCAUGUCCUCUGCCAAGAGACCGCUCUGGCUGAACUGGGAAAAUCCUGACAUCAUGUCCGAACUUCUCUUCCAAAACAAUGAGAUCAUCUUCAAGAAUGGGGAUGACCUGCGGCAAGACAUGCUGACACUACAGAUCAUCAGAAUAAUGGAGAACAUUUGGCAAAAUCAGGGGCUGGACCUGAGAAUGCUCCCUUAUGGCUGCUUGUCUAUUGGAGACUGCGUGGGUCUCAUUGAGGUGGUGAGAAGUUCCCACACCAUCAUGCAGAUUCAGUGUAAAGGAGGUCUAAAAGGUGCGCUUCAGUUUAACAGUUCAACGUUGCAUCAGUGGCUAAAGGACAAGAAUAAGGGCGAGAUGUACGACAUGGCCAUCGACUUGUUUACACGAUCCUGCGCUGGCUAUUGUGUGGCUACUUUCAUUCUGGGCAUCGGUGACAGACACAACAGUAACAUCAUGGUGAAGGAUGAUGGGCAGCUGUUUCAUAUAGAUUUUGGUCACUUUUUGGACCACAAGAAGAAGAAGUUUGGCUACAAGCGAGAGCGAGUGCCGUUUGUCUUAACUCAAGACUUCUUAAUUGUGAUCAGCAAAGGAGGAACCCAAGAGUGCACUAAAACCAGAGAGUUUGAGAGGUUCCAGGAGAUGUGCUACAAGGCUUACUUGGCUAUCAGACAGCAUGCCAACCUUUUCAUAAAUCUCUUCUCCAUGAUGCUGGGCUCAGGCAUGCCAGAGCUGCAGUCCUUCGACGACAUCGCUUACAUCCGAAAGACCCUGGCACUGGACAAAACAGAGCAGGAGGCCCUAGACUAUUUCAUGAAGCAGAUGAAUGACGCUCACCAUGGUGGAUGGACCACCAAGAUGGACUGGAUCUUUCACACCAUCCGACACCAUGCCCAAAACUGAGCCGACACAGAUCCCAGCCACUGGUGGAAUUUGGGGCUGGAUAACAGGCAGAAACAAGACCCUUUUUUUUACAAGCACUGCCUGUUUUAUGCCAUGAAGAAUCAGAGCACCCAAACCUCAUGUACAAACGACCUUCAGAGCACUAAAACAACCUGGAAGGACAUGUUUUUGUCCUCUUCUUGUUAAUUUUUUUCCUCCUCAUUUGAGGCAUCUCUUGCCCAUCAUUGUCCAGAGUGGUUGUACAUUAUAUCUGGAGUUUUGUCCUUCAGGUUUUUUUUUCUCUCCCCAUUGUGCUGCUCUUCUCCUGGAGAGUCAAUUCUUCUUCUUAUCAUUAUUACAUAUUACAUUUUUUCUGCGGAAAACAAACCUUCAAAGAAAAAAAAAAAAAGUUCUGCACUCUUCAGGAGCUUUUGUGGGGAUGUUCAAGUCUUCCUGUUUAAAACUACAAAUGCCUUCUAAUAUGCACGGAACCUCUGAGAACACUAGAAAAACAGGGUAUGAAACUUUCUGGUCUGCUACCUGGCCUUUCCUCUCAAAACCAACACUAAACCCCCCAGAAAGGCAGCCGAGGCGUAGCAGUACGAAUCUGAUGGUGCUGAUUUUCAAAUUGCGCUCUUGUUCUUUGAGUUCAGUUGGCCACACAGGUCUUUAUAAUAGACAGAUGAUAAGGUUUCGGUCUCUUUUCUUCCUUAUAUGCACAGCGAGCUAAAAUGAUAGCCUGAAUACCUUAUUAUGCACUGGACGUUAAUAUAUUUUUAUUUCCUUUUUAUUACGAACUCACAUUUUGGCCUCACAGUAGCAAUACACGAAUCUUGUACUCCUUAUACAGAAUUUUCAGAGACAUCGGUAAUGACAUGGUUUGUGUUCUCAAUAUGCUCGUAACUCACUACACAAUAACAGUGCAGAUCCUCCAUGAUAGAAAGAAAUAUUCAUUUUAGGACUACAAUAUGGGUUUUUUGAUGGCCAGUACUGAUGGUGAUGUAUAAGCAGAUGAGUGCUGAUCAAGUAUUUCCCUUAUUUUACGCAAUAUUUACUCAGAAUAUUGAGUUUGAAGCAUUUACGCAAUGUUUAUUUUCGACAAGGCUGUCAGCCAAUACGAUGGGUUAAAAAUAGUCAUAUAUUGGCAAAUUAAUCAGCCUGGCUGAAAUAUAUCGGUUUAUCACUAAUCAGGACAUAUAUUUUCAUUUUUAUUCCUUACAGAUCAAUGAUGUUUUUCCAGUUCCAGUGUGCGAAACAUCACGGGAAUCCAGGUUAUCGGCUCUCUGUGUUUUCUUGGUUGUCCGGUGCGAUUGAGCAGCGCAGAAUAACGAUUGUCCUACCAGAUGCCCUGGCAGCGUGCAGAUAUGAAGCCUUAAUACACUCGCUUAGUAUGAAUGGAUAUUCUUCUCCACGUGCCCUUGCAUGCCACAGGAAAGCACACACUUGUCGGUGCAUUGACGCUGGGUAGUUAGGAAAGAACAAAACCGCUUUUUCUCCCCUUCCAUUGAGUUGCCGUAUCUCUGGGUACUUUAUUCUACUACACUAAAGCUUGCAAGACCUUUCCUGUUAGCCUGACUUUUUUUUUUUAAACAGAUGCAACUGGUAGUUUGUGUGAGAAGCAUUAAAGGGAUAGUCCACCCAAAAAUGAA